CCCAUCGCGGUCACACUGGAUAAAAUUCAUAUACACAUACACGCAAACGAACCGUGUGUGGAUUCGUGGAGCAAAUCGAAUUUGGCAGGACUAAAAGCAUUCGUGAACGCACAGGCAGCGGCUAAAGGGCCGCCCACGCAUUAGAGGCACUGACUAGCUGGUUAAAAGGUUCCUUAGUCUGCGACUGAUAUGCAAAAAUCACCGUAAUUGGCAAGUUCAAUGCACGACUAAUAUAUUUGGCCACACUUGCCACUGUGUGUGUCGGUCGUAUCGGUGUGUCUGUGUGUUUGUUGGUGUGUGCGUAUCUCGUAUAUUUGCAAGACUCGCGGAUGAAACAGCGUGAAAAGUGAGCAAAAUAUCGGGGGAAAAGGGCAUCGUUGCCCAGCCAAAGACAAAUAGAUCCCGAUCCGGAUACAAAUGCCCGGGAUAUAAUUUAUACAAGCCCCUGAAUCACAGUAGGUCGGUCGGGCGCCGUCAAAAAGCAAAAAAGCAGGAACGGAACGGAGUUGAGAUGUCGAAGCGGCUCCACUGAGUCAAGUGUUGUGGUGUUGUGAAAUUUUCCGUCUCCACCACUCCGUUCAGCGUAAAAUCCCGCCCCCUCAAUAGCAAUCCCCUUACCUCCACCCUUUCCAAAUUUUCAAUUAAACGCAACUUCGCCAUAAACAAAAAAAAAAAAAAUUUAAAUUCGGCCAGCAGCCAAACAACAAAAAAUCACGCAGUGAAGAAGAAGCGGUCGAAGCAGCCAAAAAGAAAAAGAAAACUUGUUUGAAAAAAAGGCCGAAGAAAAAGAGCUGUCAGAUCGGAGUUUGGAACUCGAGAAUUUUAGCGUGCUAGGAGCACCGGAUCGGCGACGUCAUCAAAUAUAUAAAACGCAUCACUAUGGACGAGGAUGACAACCUGUCUAAUGCCGAUAUCAGCAUUGAUGACGAGGAGGCGGCAGUGGGUCGCGCGGCUCGCGAGGCCAUGGAGCAGGAGGACGAAGAUGAGUCCUCCGAUGUAGAUUUAUCAUCAGUGUACGCCCUGUCCGCCCUAGUCUCUUCGUCUGUUGGCGAUGCAGCAGAUCCUUCUCUGGCAAAUACUGCAGUGCGCGCCAGUGGAGGAGCAGGGACUGGAGGCGCCAUCAGCGCGGCUGCCACCACCACUGAAAACUCGCAUUCCCCCUUUCACGACUGGGACUCCAGUGUGGCGGCCGCUGCUCCGCCGCCACCGCCGCCACGAGGAGGAACUGCGGCGGCAUCUGGUUCAGGAUCUGGCUCUGGAUCAGGAACAACCUUUGAGGACGCCGGCGCCAAGCCGAGCUUUUUUGGAGCCUCGUCCUUCAGCUUGCGCAGUCGCAAGGAAGUGGCCGCCUUGAUCAACACCGAAUGCUGCCGAGGAGGCCCAACGCCCGAUCUUGACUCCAUAAUGGACACCCUGUUUAAUCCGGGUACACCCAUCGAUAAUCUGGACAACAUCGAGUGGAUACGAUGGCUCAUUGCCGGCGGACGGACGCCGCAGGAAUUUGUUAAAAUUGUACGCAGUUAUGACAACCACGCCAAGUGCGGACUGGUUUGGGUGCCACACGUGGUGGCAUACAGAUGCCGCACCUGCGGCAUUUCUCCCUGCAUGUCCAUUUGUCGGGACUGUUUCAAGAAGGGCAAUCACACAAAUCACGACUUCAAUAUGUUCCUGUCGCAGGCUGGCGGUGCCUGUGAUUGUGGCGACACAUCGGUGAUGAAGGCCGAGGGCUUUUGCAGCGAUCAUGGCAUCAACAACCGGGUGAAUCGCGAUCCGGUGCCCAAUAAUCUGUUGGCGGUGGCCGAGGCCAUUAUGCCCAAGUUGCUUUUCCGCCUGCUGCAGCACUUCCGGGAGCACAGUGACACCUCGCAGGUGCACGCGAUGACCUCGUACUCGUGCGAGGAGUUCGCCAACAUGCUGAUCGAUCUGAACAACAUGGGCGAAAUCAUGCGCAAGGUGAUGACGCGCACUCUAAUCAAUCCGGAGGUGUAUGCCUAUUUCAUGGAGGCAUCAUGCCAGGACACUUGCAAUGGACUCUUUUUGAAGGCGAAUCGGGCGAAGUACGAGGAUGCGGUCAACAGGUUCCCGAAUCCGGAGCCACCUGAUGAGUAUAGGCAUCUGCCAGCGCUGGGUGACAAACUUGUGCACACCACGCUGCUCGAGGAGUUCAUCUUCUGGACUUUCAAGUUCGAGUUCCCACAGACGCUAGUCUGUUUCCUGCUCAACAUGUUGCCCGAUCAGGAUUACAAGGAACACCUCACCCGCACAUUUGUGAUGCACUACAGUCGUAUACCGUCCGUGCUGGAAAUGUCCCGCGAUCCGGACACACUCAGCAACCGAGUGGUCCACAUGAGCGUUCAACUCUUCUCCAACGAAAGUUUGGCCCUUAAAAUGGUCAACGAGUUGUCGCUGUUGCACGUGAUGAUCAUCAGUUUGAAGCUUAUGAUGUCCAAGAUCCUCAUACAGAACACGCUGCAUGAUCCUAGCAAAAAUUUCCACUUCGUCAUCGAUUGCACCCGUCAGGUGAUGAAGGAUCACUGCUAUUGGCCACUAGUCUCGGACUUCAACAACGUCCUCUCACACGAAUCGGUCGCAUUGGUUUUUCUGCGGGACGACAACCUCAUCGAUAUGUGGUUCCAGUUCCUUCAGAUGCUCCAGGGCAUGAAUGUCAACGUGCGGGAGACCGCAUCUCAUGUGGAAUUCGAACCUAACAGCUACUACGCUGCGUUCUCCUGUGAGCUGGAGGCCAGUGCAUAUCCCAUGUGGUCGAUUAUCUCGCAUUUGCAGGAUGGCACCCACGCGCAUCUGGCCAAAAAGAUCAUCAACUACUGCGUGACGACGCUGCACGAGUGGCUGGACUCUAUUUAUUUCAUGGAGGCGCGUCUUUCGAUGGAGGAUAUGAUGCAGGCGUCGUUCCACUUUCCGCUGCAUCGCUAUCUGGCCGCCUUUGUCUGCCAGGCGGUCACCAAAAUGGGAAUCAGUUUGAACGACGUGUUACCCUAUCGCCCUUAUCUUCUGCCCCUGCUGAUGAUCCAUCCACUGCGUGUCCAGAGUUUUUUCUACGAGAUCCUAGCCGGCAAGUGGGUGCGCAAUGGAUUGCAGGUCAAAGGCCAAGCGAUGACCUACAUCCAGGCGAACUUCUGCAACUCGAUGGCGGACAUGGACCUGUUCUUCCUGCAGAUAUGCGCCACUAAACUGCCGCAGUACUUCUUCCUGCAGAACACGAUCGGGCUGUUCGACGUCGGCCAGUGGCUGGAGACGGCUCCGUUGAAGCAGCCGCAGAAGGCGGAGCAGUCCUCGAUGCUGGAGGGAUUCCUCACCUUCCUGGCCACGCUGGUGACGAGUCGCACGAACCUGGGCAACGACGAGGCCACACAGUGCAUCAUCGAGAUCAGUGCGCUGUUGGCCACCGAGAACAAGACGCAUUCGCAGCUGCUCGAACUGAUGCCGGAGCGAUCGGGAAAUGUGCACACCAAGAACUUCGAGACCUUCCUCAAGAAGCUGUCCGUCUACAAGGCACCGUCGAGUGGUAGCGAGAACCUGGAGCAGGGUCUCUUCACGCCCAUCGACGAGGUGUGGGAGAAGCACUACGAUCCGCUGCACGUCCUCCUGCGAGCCGUUCACCGGCGUGACUUCCAGUCGUCGCUGGAUCGCUUCACGAACUACGUGAAGAGCAAGGACAAGAUGCCGGCGAGUGGAAACCUCUGGCCACCGUUCCGCUUGCCGCAGGCUCUGCCAGCGACGAGCUCGUUCAGCGAUCCCUGCAAGAUCCUCAACUCUCGCGUCUUUCACUCCACCAUCCUGUCGAUCUUCUUCCGUGCGGUGCACACGCGCGACGUGUCCGAGCACCUGCUCGCUUUGGCUGUGUUCCUCCUGGAGAUUGCGGUGGAGACGAGCGACGACGUGGGUGGCAGUGGUAGUGGUGGCAGCCAGGGGGACCGUGCUCCGCCGGCGCUCGCUGCCAUGGUGGAGUCCUCGGGCGGACCGGGCUACCAUGGCUAUGGCUCGGGUCGACAGGAGCCGCCCAAGCUGUUCCAGUGCUAUCCGACCGACAAUCUCAGCUGCAAUCUGCGCCAUGUGGUCAAGAAGGUGUCGCUCAAGUCGCGGGAUCCGCAGGUGAUCACCUCCAGCUACCGCUCGAACCCGUUCUUUCCCGACGUGGACUUCGACGUCGAGGCGGACACGGAGCAGUCGUUGCGCAUGAUCCGUCAUGUCGCCGAAUCGGAGGGCGAUGAACCGGCGAGUGCGGGAUCCGUGGCCCUGGGACCGGGAACGGGAGCCCUCAGCCGGCGGAAUGUCUCACAGGCACUGGUGCCGAUGCGGAUGCCCGGCAUGGAAGUGGCCCUGCGGCCGGAUCUUUCGGUGGUGGCCGAAACGGGCGUGGUCAUUCGGCAGGACAGCAACGACGACGAGCUGCUGCGCGAGGGCGAUCAUGCCAUGGACAUGAGUCCCGCCGCCGCGCUGGACUUCCACUUUCCGCUGCAGCAGAUCACGUUGCCCGAGAGCGGUAUGGAGGUGGCUAUCCGGCGGGAUCUCCUGCUGGCCGAGACGAAUAACAUGGGCGUGAUCGGCGGAGCCGGCGGCGGCGGAGGCGCUGGUGGUGCUGGUGGUGGUGCGAAUCCAUCCGCCACCCCGACGGCCGUGGCCCCCAACGAGAUGUUCUCGCCGACGACGCCCACGGGCAGCGGGAUGCUGCUGCCCUUCCAGCGGGUCCAGCCGGUCGCCGUGCCCAGCAGCGUGAACAUGGACAUUGUGCCCUCGAACUCCCUGGGCGCCGGCGGCAGUUUAAUUUCCGGCCUGAGUGGCACCGGCACGGGACGCCGCAUGAACUACGAGACGGGCGGGGCGCGCAAGCGAUCCGUGGACAUUGCCAUCGGCGGCGGUGGCAACAAGGACGAGCUGCACUUGGACGAGAGCAUUCUGUCGCUGCUGCUCAAGCUGCACUCGCAGCUCUCGGGCACGCUGGACAGCUUCUCGCUGAGCGACGGCGAGGAGCAGGCCACCAGCGGCGAGGAGUCCUCCUCGAUGGAUGUCGACUGCAAUGAGGCGAGCACCUCGACGGCGGCCGCCGAGAGCACAGCUCUGGCCGAGCGAGGACGCAGCCGGCGCAACUACAAGAACAUCCAUGUCUCGUCCUCACGGAUCGGCGACGGACCCUUCUUCAUUGGCAACCUGCUGCGCAAGAUCGCCAAGCAGGACGAGCAGUGUGCGCUGAGCAUCGACGACAUCCGGGCCAGACUGUGGCCCAAUCAGCGCGAGAAGCAGGCGGAGGCGAGGGCGCGCGAGACGAAGGAGAAGGAGGAGCGCCGGAAGAAGGCACGCGAGCGCCAACAGAAGAUGAUGCAGGACUUUGCCAACAAGCAGAAGCAGUUCAUGCAGUCGGCGGCGGCGGCGGCCAGCAGCAUGGAGUUCUGCGCCGACGACGAGGACGACGAGGAGCUGUACGAGGAGCAGCCGCGCGAGAAGGAGUACGACUGCAUCAUCUGCAACUGCACCACACCGAGCACCGAGUCGAAUCCCAUCGGCCUGGUGGUUCUGAUCGAUUCCAGCGGCAUCGUUGGCCAUCGGCGGCGCAUCGCCGAGCGUUUGCCGCUGCCGCUGAACGUCGAGGAUGAGUUUCGGCUGGCGCACACCACACGGCUGGCCACCGAGUUCAAUCGGCGCACGGAGCUGCUGAGCGUGAAGUUCGGCGACGAGUCCUGGUAUCUGUCCAACAACAUGGCCUACGACAACGGGGUGCAUGUGCAGUCGUGCGGCCACCACGUGCACCUCAGCUGCUUGGAGGCCUAUCUCAAGACGCUGUACACCACGCAGCGCCAGCCGGUGCAGGAUCGCGGCGAGUUCUACUGCCCCGUCUGCCGGCAGCUCUCCAACUCGGUGCUGCCGCUCAGUCCGCAGCUGGACAGGCCGACGCACCUGGUGCGCUCGGGCAACCAGCCGUUCGAGCGCCUCGUCGCCGAUCUCACCGAUCUGAUCAAGGAGAACGAGACGAUACCGCAGCCAACCAAACUGACGGAGGCCAUGGGCCAUGCCAUGGAGGUGAUGACGAACAUUUCGCAGCGCAAGGUCAAGUGCGCCUCGAUCACGUUCCGCAAGCUGUUCAUCUUCGUCACAUCGAUAGCGCGCACGAAUCUGGAGGCGGAGAUCAUCCAGCGCGGCGGAUCGCUCUGCUCGUCGAAUGCCACGCGCUACAAGCCGAAGCGGGACUGCAUUGUGCCGCUGCUCCAUGUGCUGUCGGUCCAUGUGCGCGUCCUGGUCGAGUGGCCGCUGUGGAGCAGCUGGGCCUCGCUGGCCGGCCUGCCCGUCAACGACACCGAACCGCUGCCGGCGCACUGCCUCGAAUUGAUACCCAGCCUGCUGGCGGACACCAUUGCGCUGCUCCUGAAGUUCAUUCUGCUGGCUCCUCUGCACUUGGAUCAGGACUACUUCACCUGCAUGGUAAAGGUCAUGUACAACCUGCUGUACUACCAGAUUGUCGUUCAGCUGUGCGUCACCCUCACGGACUUCGAGUGCGCUCACAUUCUCAAGGUUUACGGCGGCAACAGCACUGAAGCCUCGUCUGAAAGCCAAGCGAGCCAAGAAUCGAGCGCAGGAACCACCACCAGCAGCAGCAGCAGCUACAAUCGACGACGUGGUGGCCACCAGCAGCAGAGCUCCUCGGAACUGGGCAAGGCCAUGGCUCUGGUGCUCAGCCAGACAAAUGAGCUGGCCCAUCUGCGACGCGAUUGCAUACCGAGCACCAGCAGUUCGGCAGCAGCGGCGGCGGCUGCAGCAGCAGCAGCAGGUUCCUCCUCCUCCUCUUCCUCCUCAGCAGCAGCAGCAGCAGCCGCCUCUCCAUCGACCUCCGCAACAUCCUCGCCGCACGAGGUGAACCUCAAGUCAAUGGAGCUGCAGCUGCAGUCGCUCUGUUUGCCCUUCCUCCGAGUGGCCGCCCUGCUGCGCCAGCAUCUCUACCGCCACGAGAUGCCGGAGAUCUCGGCACCGGGACUGGAGUUUGUGCGUCUGGUCUACUACCUGGAACUGGUCACCGACUCGAUGGACUGGGACUGCUUUAACGCCAGCAAGGGACUGUGCUUCAUACCCGGCACCGAGGAGUCGCUGCCCAAGUUCUGGUGCCAGCAGCUCAUGGAGGUGCGUCCGCCGACGGACACCGUCAGGGAGUUGGUGCUCAUCAAUCAGCACUCGCUGUGGCAGCAGCCGCGCCUCCUCGAGCUGCCGCGCGAAUACGAGCGCUUGUUCACGUACUACCACGAAAGGCCCUGCCUCAACUGCUACAAGGUGCCCAAGGAGAGCUCCAUCUGCCUGCUGUGCGGGACGAUCGUGUGCCUCAAGCAGAACUGCUGUGCGGAGAACGAUUGCUGCGAGGCUGUUCGGCACACGCUUUCCUGUGGCGGCGGCAUUGGCAUCUUCUUGGUGGUCACCUCCACGUACAUCAUUGUCAUCCGCGGACGACGCGCCUGUCUCUGGGGCUCGCUGUAUUUGGACGACUUUGACGAGGAGGAUCGCGAUCUCAAGCGCGGCAAACCUCUGUAUCUGAGCCAAGACCGCUUUAACCUGCUCGAGUCGCAGUGGCUCUCCCACAAGUUUGCUCACACAAAACACACCUGGGUGUUCCACCGGGAUCUCUUGUGAAAUAUGGAAGAUCUACUGCGCAGCAUCCAGGAGCUGGUUGGCCAGAUCUGAGAUGGGAUUGGAUGCCCGGCCGCUCCUCGCCUAGUCGAACCAGUCAACCCAUCAACCCGGCAGCCCAUGGACACACAUCUCCCAACCAAGACUAACUACCCAGGCCCCCAAAAAAACAAACUAAUCAAUCCCAAUCCCAAAGCAACCACCCCACCCCGCCCCGCCCACUUUUCCCCGCUAAAAUUAAGCAAGUUUCGUUGUUGUUUUCGGAGCUUGUAACGGGUAGGAGGAUUAGGAUUACAACUAGGACACCAAACACGUUCUGUCCGCUAACCGAUAUCCGCAUCUAUAACGUAUCCACAUUCGUAUUGGUUUUCGGCAUUCAGGCUCACGAACACACCUACACAUCCGCCCUCAACGCACCUAGAAAAGCAACGUCGGCAAAUUGCAAUUAAUUGAUAUUACACAUUUAUAUAUAUAAAAAUAUUUAUAAAUAUGGAUGCAGGAAAGCCAAUACGAAAAACAAAAGAAGAAAAAAAACUGAAAAACUGCAGCUAUAUGAUCGUUUGUUGUGAACUGUUCAAUUGAGAAACGCAUAAUAUACCUUAAACAACAAAUCCGCCUAAUCUCGCGAGCAACAAAAGAAUAUCUAUCAAACAGUUUAAUGUGACGACUUAAAAAAAUAAAAUAUUUAAAUACGCUACCCACCCAAAUUGUUGGGCGAAGACGAAAACGACGAAAAUAAAGCCGAUAUAACCAGA